UAGUUGUGAACUAUUGGAACACUCUGCCAGAGAGUGGUGUAGUGUGCUGUAGAACAACACACUACACACGAUUUCAUAACCCUGUCAAGUAGUGUAGUAAUAGCUAUGUAUAUAAGUAUUGUGACAUUAUCAGGAAAAUUAGAUUUGGUGCGUUGGAAAUAUGAUACAAGGUUAGAACAGUGUGGGGGUUCAGUAGUGGUUCAUACUUCUCACACUCAGAUCCCGACCCCGAGUCCCCGAGGUUGUGAGAGGGAACAAGGACUCAAGGAGGAGCUGGAUGGAGUAGUCAAUGAAGUGUCAGAUAGUCAGCUUCGAUCAGAAAAAAAAGAUGUCCAUUGCAGGGGUUGACCCAGGGUGUAAAAUACUAUGUGUUGGACAUGUUUGUAUUGACAUGAUCAGUAUAUGUACAAGCUACCCAGAAGAAGACAGUCAAGUUGGUACCACAACAAAAAUUAACAGAUGCCUGGAUCAGCGAUGGCAGCGAGGUGGCAAUGCUGCUAACAAUAGUACUGUCCUGGGGCUCCUCGGGGCUAAGCCAGCCUUUUUUGGCACCAUUGCUGACUCCCACGAAAAGAGAUUCCUCCUUGAAGACUUUGCCAAGUUUGAUGUAAACACAGAUUAUGCCGUCGUACAUGAAGGUUGUGACUGUCCGGCAUCUUGUGUUAUUUUGAGUGUAGCCACCGGGUCACGUACCAUUAUACAUGCCAACAAGAAUCUGCCGGAAGUGUCUGUGGAAGAUUUUGAUAAGAUUGACUUGGCAGCAUUCAAAUGGAUUCAUUUUGAGGGGCGAAAUGUGUCCAAUGUCACAAAAAUGAUUGAACGUAUAAGACAAUACAAUAGAAGUCACCAGGACUGUGGCUGUAUCACCAUUUCUGUUGAAAUCGAAAAGGCAAAACCUGAGCUUGAGUCCCUCAUUCCCUUACCUGAUGUACUUUUUGUAUCCAAGGAUUAUGCUAUGUUUAAAGGAUAUUCCAGCAUGGCUGAAACUGUCAAGGAAAUUCAGGCUCAAGCUAUUCCAGGGUCUCUGGUGAUUUGUCCAUGGGGAGAAGAUGGAGCAAGUGCAAGUAACAGUGUUGGUAAAUUGGUGCACAGUCCAGCCUUUCCUCCACUCCACGUAGUAGACACACUGGGAGCUGGUGACACCUUCAAUGCUGCUACCAUAUUUUCCCUUUCAAAUGGACACACUCCCAAAGAAAGCAUAACUUUUGGGUGUCGCAUUGCAGGUUUAAAAGUUGGUGUUACAGGAUGGGAACCCCUCAGAAAAAUGGCCAAGGAUGGAACUUUGUGCCCAAUUGUAGAGAAUUCUAGUGAAAGAAGCGGUGUGGUCAUUAAGGCUACCUGAUAUAUGGAGGGUGCUGCUCUGGGUGGACACGAGGGCCAUGUUGAGGGCGUGGUUUGUGCAGCAUGGGUGUAUCUGUUGGUGCUUCUUGUAGUCUGGCAAUUUCUUUUCACAGAUAAUGAAGAUGAGAAUGAGUGGGUUUGAUGAUUGUUGAAAACUAUCAGUGGGACUUCUCUUAGUAGUGCUGUUUCUCUGUUAAAUGAUUGCCCAGAUUAACUGUAAAACAUAAUUCAAGGUAACUCUUGCUUUUGAGGUAGUCUAUUGUUAUUUGUCUUUGGCUAUGGCAUAAGGAGUACAAUAUUCAUGAUGACAUCAUAAUUUAGAAGUACAUUUAUAACACAGAAACUCAGUGGUGAAUCUUUUUUAUUUUAUUUUUUUUCACUACAGUAUUCACGAGAUACAAGUACAGUAAUGUAUUGAGUAGUUGCCUGUGUAUCAUGUUACAUAUAAAGUCAUGUGUAAUAGAGAUAUUUUCUUUUUUAUACAUUAAAUUAUAUCAGACAUGCGUAGAUAUACAGUGCUGUGUGUAUAUUUUUACCCGUCCAGUUUUACACAUGCCUUAGUCAUAUGUUAAAAAGUCUACCUUUAUAGUACAGAUUAAUUGUUUUCAGCUUGUUUGUGGUUUUUUCCUCCUCCUCGCCAACCAACCAUUGGGUUAAUGUACAUUUUGUCUUCAAAAUGAGGUCACUGACCUCAUUUCUGUAAAACCCUUUACAAUAUAUGCUACUCCUCC